GAUACUGAUGGGAACUUCUCAGUUUCCACUGCAACGGCGAAGGCCCUUAAAGCUGUCUGCUUUGGAACGAGCAGUUCAGAUCGUUGGGCAGUGGGGCGUAGUACCGAUCUCUGAAUCUCUCGCUCGACGCCAGCUAAACCCGGCCGGCGCGGACGCUCUAUAUAUUGUCAGCAGACACCACCGUGCGGCGACGUGCACGCCCAGCAGCAGUGGGCAAAAACGACUCCAGAAAAUUCAGCAGCGCGCGCCGAUUCGCCUGUGUACGUGCGAGCUGGGCGAUGGCUGCGGAGGGGGCGAAGCAGGCGGAGGUGGAGUUGCCGGCUGCGGCGAAGGGCGUCGUUUGGGUGCCCGAGCCACAGGCCGGUGACUCCAAGGCCCUUGUCGUCGAGAAUGUGGCUAAUAAACCUCCUGCUGAGAAGAACAUACAAAGGAACUCAAAUGACAGAGACAUUGCUCUCGCAAAGGUGGAAACUGAAAAGAGGAACUCUUUGAUCAAAGCCUGGGAAGUGAACGAGAAGGCGAAAGCAGAGAACAAGGCCUAUAAGAAGUUAUCUGCUAUUCUUUCAUGGGAGAACACAAAGAAAGCAGUCGUAGAAGCUCAACUGAAAAAGAAGGAAGAAGAGCUAGAAAAGAAGAAGGCUAAACAUGCCGAGACGAUGGAAAACAAGAAGGCGAUAAUCCAUAAGGAAGCCGAAGAGAACAGAGCGAUGGUUAUGGCCCAGCGCGGCGAAGAAGUUCUUAAGGCCGAGGAGUUGGCAGCUAAGUACCGUGCCACCGGGCUAGCCCCCAAGAAAUUUCUUGGGUGCUUUGGUGCAUGAGGAACUUAUCCACUUUAUGUUCUGGAGAAGUGAUUUUGCCAAACGUUUAAGUUAUUUGCUUCUUUGUACACUGAAAGUAUAUGUUGCUAUCUGCUCCAAAAAAUGUAUAUGGUGGCUAUUUAUUCAGCUCAUGUAAUUGUGUCAUGCUUAUUAUUUGUAAAGUCUACAGUUCAUGCACAAAUGUUAUGCCCGGGACAGAAAUUUG